ACUCUGUGCCCUUGUGGGGAAGAGGGAUGCUUUUGGGCCCCCAGCACUCUGAACACCAGAAAAGUGAAAGGGUUGUGGAACCUCUGAGCUUGGAGUUGCUGCCUGCGGAGUGUGAGUGGUGCGUGAGCCUCCCCAGUGAGAUCAAGGCCCUAUGCCAGAACUGAUGGGGACCUGAUCAAGAGGCAUACUGGCCCUGUGGCUUCCAGGUGGUGUCGGUGGAGACAGGGCCUGAGCCAGGAUCCAUAACCAUAAUAAGAUGAUAAAAAUAACAAUAAUUCUCCUCCUGCAACCCGCCGCCAGCAUGGCGCACUACAACUUCAAGAAGAUUACGGUGGUGCUGUCCUCCAAGGACUUUAUCGACCUGACAUUAUCGAAGACUCAACGAAAGACUCCAACAGUGAUUCAUAAACAUUACCAAAUUCAUCGCAUUAGACAUUUUUAUAUGAGAAAAGUCAAAUUUACUCAGCAGAAUUACCAUGACAGACUCUCACAGAUUGUAACAGAUUUUCCCAAAUUGGAUGAUAUCCAUCCAUUUUAUGCUGAUUUGAUGAAUAUUCUGUAUGACAAGGAUCAUUACAAGUUGGCUCUAGGACAGAUUAAUAUUGCCAAAAAUUUAGUGGACAAUGUUGCUAAAGAUUAUGUACGGCUUAUGAAGUACGGUGAUUCUCUCUACCGCUGUAAGCAGCUGAAGCGUGCUGCCCUUGGGCGAAUGUGCACCAUUAUCAAGCGGCAGAGGCAGAGUUUGGAAUAUCUGGAACAAGUGCGUCAGCAUUUAAAUUUAUCCCGCUUGCCAACCAUUGACCCAAAUACAAGGACUCUGCUUUUGUGUGGGUACCCAAAUGUUGGGAAAUCCAGCUUCAUUAAUAAGGUGACGAGAGCAGAUGUGGAUGUUCAGCCCUAUGCAUUUACCACCAAGUCUCUGUUUGUUGGGCACAUGGAUUAUAAGUAUCUGCGUUGGCAGGUUGUAGAUACUCCAGGGAUUUUGGAUCAUCCUUUGGAGGAUCCGAACACCAUCGAAAUGCAGGCUAUCAUGGCCCUGGCGCACCUUCGAGGAGCUGCGGUUCUGUAUGUGAUGGACUUGUCUGAACAGUGUAGACACGGGCUGAAAGAGCAAUUAGAACUUUUCCAGAAUAUCAGACCUCUCUUUAUCAAUAAACCUCUUGUAAUUGUAGCAAACAAAUGUGAUGUGAAACAAAUAGCUGAACUUUCUGAAGAUGAUCAGAAAAUAUUUGUAGACUUGCAAGCAGAAGGAUUCCCUGUAAUAGAGACCAGUACCCUGACUGAGGAAGGUGUUAUUAAAGUUAAAACAGAGGCUUGUGACAGGCUUUUGGCACACCGAGUGGAAACAAAAAUGAAAGGAAACAAAGUGAAUGAUGUGCUGAACAGGUUGCAUUUAGCUGUGCCUAACAAGAGAGAUGAUAAGGAGAGUCCCCCUUUCAUCCCAGAAGGAGUAGUGGCAUGCAAGAGGGGAAUGGAAAUUGGGGAGCCCAAGAAGAAAAGGGAACGGGAUCUUGAGCUGGAAAUGGGAGACGAUUAUAUUUUGGAUCUUCAAAAAUACUGGGAUUUAAUGAAUUCAUCUGAAAAAUAUGAUAAGAUACCAGAGAUCUGGGAAGGCCAUAAUGUAGCUGAUUAUAUUGAUCCUGCCAUCAUGAAGAAAUUGGAAGAGUUAGGAAAAGAAGAAGAGCUAAGAACAGCUGUGGGGGAGUAUGAUAGUGAAGAUGAGGAAAUGAUGGAAAUCAGACAGCUAGCAAAACAAAUUAGAGAAAAAAAGAAGCUGAAAAUCCUACAAUCAAAGGAAAAGGAUACACAGGGACCUAGGAUGCCUCAAACUGCUAAGAAGGUUCAGGGGACAGUUUUGGAAAAUGAGAUGCGUAGUCUUGGUGUUGACAUGAAUGAUAAAGUCAAUGCCCACUAUGCAGUCCAGGCAAGAAAAUCUCGGAGUGUCACUAGGAAGAGAAAGCGGGAAGAAUCUGUUCCUCUCUCUUCUGUAGCCUGGAGUAGGAGCUGCUCUCGACCUCCACGUGAUGUUUCUGGUCUUCGGGAUGUCAAGAUGGUGAAGAAAACCAAGACUAUGAUGAAGAAUGCUCAGAAGAAGAUGAAUCGCUUGGGGAAGAAAGGGGAGGCAGAUAGACAUGUGUUUGAUAUAAAGCCCAAGCACUUACUCUCUGGAAAGAGGAAAGCUGGUAAAAAGGACAGGAGAUAGCAUCCUUUUUAGUUGACAUGGUUGCCUAGAGUGUUACUGUUUGAUUCUUGGUUUGGUUUCAUGAAAUUGGAAUCAUGAUCUAGUAACUGAAAAGACAGUGGAAGUAACUAAAGUUCUUUCUUUCUUUCCUGAAAACUGGAUAACCAUAUAUAGGUGUGGGGAAUUUUAAUCACUUCAUGAUACUAUAAUUUUGAGUAGAUAGUAUUUCUGCAUUUAACGGAGUGUUUGCUUCAGAGUCACCAUAUAAGCUUCAGAUGUCAAGUUUUCAACAACAAAAUCACAAAGAAACAAAGUAUGGCCUAAUAAAGUAAAAGCUUGAUAAAGCCAUCCCUUGUAGCUGACUUAAUAGAUAAUAGACUUUCAACAAACUGCUAGGGAAGAUUUGCAGAAGUAGAAGUAUUGGUGUUACUUGGUUGUUUUGAUGGAGAAAACACUUUUGCAAGAGGGAGAGUUGGAUCAUCACACCUGAAGAGCCCUUUUUGUGAAGAAGCACUCUGCUUGUUGGGCGUAGACAGAGGCUACCAGCCCUCCCCUGCAGGAUAGGAGGCAUAUCCACUUAUGAAUGUGUUAGAAC